AUGGCAGGUCCUGUCAGUACCUUUGAGAGCAUCUUAACCAACCCAGCCCAUCCUCAAGACAAUCUGAUGAGUUCCUCAGACAAUCCUUCCUCUGAGGACACUCAGCUCUUCUCAAAGCCCGGGCUCUCCUACAUUGCACUGAUUGCCAAAGUCAUCCUCUCCUCCCGCUUCCAGAAACUCAACCUGGCAUCCAUCUACAAAGCAAUGGAGGAGCAUUUUCCCUACCUCAGGAGGCGGGGUCCGGGGUGGAGGAACAGUGUCCGGCACAACUUGUCCGUCAAUGAUUGCUUUGUGAAGGUGAGCCGCUGCGAGGACGGUAGGGGCCAUUACUGGGGUGUCCACCAUGCUCACCUGAGAGACUUCCAGCAGGGCAACUUCAGGCAAUGCAGGAAUACCAGGGGGAGGAGGCAGAGGGAGCGAUAUGACAAAGUGGCAGGGUGUCUGGCUUGGAUGGAGACCAGCUACUUUAUGGGAAGGCUCUAUAAGAGCCCAUCUUUGGGGUGGGUGGAGACACAAUGCCCUCUACAGGAACCAAGGAGGUAUCAGAUGAGUUUUUUGGACUUGGCCCAACCAUGCUAUGAGCCUUGCAACUUCAGUGUGGGCUGGGUCCCAUCCCCCAGCUGGAUGAAAGGUUACUAUUUUUCAGAGAGGCUACCAGAGUAUGGCAGGGCCACAGCUGUCAGAGGGCACGACAGUCAACCCAUGACCUCAAGACUACACUGUUGGCAGAUGAAUGACCCAGCACUGGACAGCAUGAAAGGGUCAUAUGAGAGCAGACUGUGGUCCUUUGUCAUUUUAUCCUUCCUCUUCUUCUUGAAGGUGCUUCUGGCUAUGAUGGCUCCUCAGCAGAUGCAGCCGCUUCUGUCCGCCAACCAGCUGCAGGCUCUGAUCCAACAGAAGCAACAAGCCUUUCUGCUCCAGCAGCAACAUCUGAAAGAGUUUUACAAGAAGCAACAACAACAGAUUCACUUGCAGCUGCUUCAACAGCAGCCCAGCAAGAAAGCCAAAGAACAGCUUGUGUUCCAGCAGCUCCUCCAGCUCCAGCAGCAGCAGCUCCUCCGGGUGCAGAGACCAGUCCUGGCUUCUCCUGCCCUCUCUCCAGCUGGUUUCGGCCCCUCAGAGAUGCAGCAGAUAUGGCAAGAGCUCACAAAUGCAAUAACCGAAGACAAAACCCUAUUGAGGGGCAAUCAGGAUUCUUCUGCUAACAACAUGAUGUCAACAAAAGUCACAGGAAGACAGACAGGUGACCAGCAGACUGCUUCUCCUCGCAGGCCAGAAAGUGCUUUUAAAGCUGAUUGCGCUGCCACACACGCUCUCUACGGUCACGGUGUGUGUAAUUGGCCUGGAUGUGAGUCAGUGUGUGACACCUUCAGCCAGUUCAUCAAGCACAUAAGCAGCGAGCAUAAUCUGGAUGACAGAAGUACAGCGCAGUGCAGAGUCCAGAUGCAGGUGGUUCAGCAGCUUGAACUUCAGCUCUGCAAGGAACGGGAGCGUCUGCGAGCGAUGAUGGCUCACCUGCAUCUGCCGUCUUUAGAAGCACAGUCAGUCUCUGCACCCGUGAGUCUACAGUCACCACAAUCUGAUACGGCUGCUGACCCACGUGGCCUGCAGCUCAACUCAGUCACCAACAACCUGCCCUCGGUGAGCCCGUCAAACUCGGCCCAGGCGUCGCCCCAACCUCUGGUCACUGUCAGCUCUCCAUCCGUGUGCUGUGAAAAAGAGUCGUCCAUUCAAACGUCAUGUGCUGGGGCCAUAAAACGUCGCCAUUACCCUCUGGUCUACUCGCUAUCUUCAGAAAAUGAAUUUGAGCUCUACAAGAACACUGACAUCAGACCACCUUUCACCUAUGCAACACUGAUAAGACAAGCUAUUAUGGAAACAUCCGACAUGCAACUAACACUCAACGAGAUAUACAACUGGUUCACACGGACGUUUGCUUAUUUCAGACGCAACGCUGCCACAUGGAAGAACGCAGUGCGCCACAACCUGAGCCUGCACAAGUGUUUUGUGCGUGUGGAGAAUGUGAAAGGCGCGGUGUGGACAGUCGAUGAGGUGGAAUACCAGAAGAGGAGGUCCCAGAAGGUCACAGGGAGUCCAUCCCUGAUGAAAAAUGUAUCCUCCAGUCUUGAUUUUGGGAACGUUCUGAAUGCCAGCUUACAGACGGAGCUGGUUGAGUCGUCACUGCCAGGAUUCAAGAAGGAGUGUGUCAGCCGUAACUCCAGGAGUCAAAUACAGGAGAUCAAAGCAACACACAACAGCAGCCACAAUAAACAAAACUUCUCUCCACAAGUCCAGCAGUCUCUUUUCCUUAAAGACGAAAUGCUGAAUGACCAAGAAUCUCUGAUGCCAACAGUAAAACCAACCAGUCUGCAGCACGACAUGGCUGAAAAUCACGAAGAGCAUUUGUUUGACCUUGAAUAACAAAAAAAGGGGUUCAGACAUAAAGCAAUCACUUGCAAAACACUAUAGUAAACCGUUGAACAUUCAGGGAUGUAGACCACAGUUUACAUAUUAUACAAUCUUAUAUGUUAAGUGUGUAGUGUAAGCCAGCCUGAAAUUCUCAUAUUAAAAUGGAGCUAUUCAUAAUUGUGGUUUACUAUAUGGUUCAUAUUAUUCUCAUACACAUGAAAACUGUUCUGAUUUAGUUGACUGUGGAUCACUAAAUGUCAAGCAGUUCACUUUUUCUUUUGACUUUUGAGCCUUAUGGAAGAGGAAGUGGAAAAUAAUGCCAACUGUGGUUUUUGUGUUGGCAUUUUGCAUGAUUAAUUUCUGCAUUUUUGAUAAGCUAGAGAUUUAAAAAUAUUUAUUUAAACUAAUAGGUUAAGGAUAUGAUAAAAGUAUUACAUGUUAAAAGUUAUUAUAUUUGAUUAUGAGAUUCACUCAUUCAAGAAAAGUGACAACAGCAAAGUCCAAAAAACAUAUGAUUAACACAAUCAAAAACACAGUUGCAAUCUGAUAAUGUCCACCAUGUGCACCGUGAACAAAUUCUACCCUUUUAGGCCAAAGUAAAUGAUUUACAAAAAUAUUUGUUAUAAUUUGAUGUGUGUGAUUUGUAGAGAAUUAAUGUUUUGUCUGUUUAUUGUCAUAGUUAAAAAAAAACAAAGUGUGAAUGUAAACACUACAUUAUAGCGAGCAAGACAGAGAUGUUUUGUGGUGAUGAACUGAAACAUGUAUAGUGUGCUGUGACUUCUCUCUGUUGUCUUUGUACAUUAAAAAUAUUUGUAAGAUGCACAUCAACCUGCUGAAAUGUAUUUUAACAAUAUUAUUUUUUUUAAGUAAACAAAGUCACUCUGUCUUAUCUGUGUUUUCCUGUUUCCCUGUGUGUAACUUCUGUAUUUAAUACAGAGCUGUGUUUCCACUGAAGUAAAGACUGUUCGAAACAUUCCACUUUUAUAACAUUUUGAGUCUUUACAAUAGAUGUUGUGUACAUUCAACUCUCUGUACAUAUAAAAACAUUUUUGUCCAUAAUUGUAUGUCUGAGUACAAUGUAAUAAAUAUAUGUAAUGGGUA